AUGUGUUUCAUUUGAAUGUGGACAAAAGUAGUAGAUUUGUGCAAGUGCUGGGUUAAAACCCAGCAAUAUAUUCAGCUUGUGUGCAAAUCCGAAGGUGUACUCAACACAGAAUUACAAAUAUGUGAGUUAAAUAAUCAUGACAAUAUGUACUAAAAUCCAAAGAUGGUGUCCUUGAAUGUUGUGUUGACAGUGAUGCACUGUGGUGAAUUCUGCGUCACUUUGAAGGAGUUGUUUAGGAGCUGGAUUGAACUCUGUUAUAAAUUGCACUGAACAUGGUUCUUACCCUCUCUCUCACACACACACACACACACACGCGCGCGCGCACGCAUAUCCUACUUAUCUGUCAGGAACUGUCAGGAAAAGAGAGCCUCUUAAAAGGUUCCUGUUGAACCAGCGCAUUCGUGAUACGGUUAAGUUUGCUGUGUCACAUAUAGCAAAUAUCACGCAAUUAAACUGAUUAUUGUUUUCCAUCCCACAACAUGUUCAUUAGUCCUUAUGACUUGUUUAAUAUGAGCCUUUCCAUUUCAAUGCACGUAUCACUGCCUUGUGCACAGGGCAAUACUGACACAGUUGGCAAUAUUUACAGGUUUACAAAGAUCUGUUGCCCAUCACUCUGACAGCUAUCCAGGUCAGAAAUGGUUAACAUUUUUGUUAUGAUUAGAUGAACAAUUGAAAUGAUUAAUUCUUUUUUUAUUUGGCUGCUCUUGAAAAGUAAUAACUGCAGUUUUUGAGCUCAAUUCAAUUUUUAUUUCUUAGAGUCAAACGAAUAGAUGCAGUCUGUGGAAUUUCACGACCCAAAACCACACAACCAACUGAAAGUUAAGUUAGAAGAUGAGAAAGAAAAAAACCCUUCUCUCCGCAAAGUGUUAAACUGUUGUUGCGCUGUGAAAAUCUAAAGGAGGAGACUGUGGUGUAUGGUUUUGAAUGGAGGAGUGAUGUGUAUCAGCACAUAUGUAACAAAUGCACGUUGAAUGUCUUGAUACAUGAUAUAUAACCAUAACUGAGAGAGAGAGCAUGUUAGGGUGAAAUGCUGCAGGGCCCUUGGUUUCUUGCAGUACAACACUGAUGCAACUUCCCUAUCAGUUCAGUUUGUCUGUGUCAGCCACCAUGAGUCAACUCCCUACAAAAAAGAAAAUCUCCCUCUGGUUUCCAUGAUAUAGUGAAAUAUGGACGUACAGUUUCAGUCGACUGACUCCAAUUGACCCGGGAUGGUACAUCAGUGCGUUGAUUGUCCAUUAUUGGACUUUAUUGACCUCUACUCAAGUUAGAGAUGUGAGAAUUCGCUGGGUUUGCGACGAAUGAGGAAUGAGUAAACAAUUUCGCAGAAUAGGGAACACGGCUGUCUGUUCAUGACGGCACAAACAAAACCAAUAGGUAUUGUCACUCUGGUGAAGAAAUCGUCACACUCCUGGUUAGCAGGGGGCGAGAGAAGCUUCUGGUAGUGUUACGGUUCAAAUGAUAUAAGGAAGUGCUCGCGAGCUGAAAAUAGGCUGAGCUGAAGACAAACACACAGUGUGCGUUCAGCUGUGUGACAAGGACAUUGGUGUUGCUUUGUCUCACUCCACUCUCACCUGCGAUGGUACCAACUGAGGCCCUGACUUGUUUUCGAGAUCGCUUCUGACUGAAUCAUGUCAGACAGUAUCCUGGAAGAAAUCUUUUUUAAACGAUCCCAGCAGAAGAAGAAGACAUCCCCUUUGAACUACAAGGAGAGAUGGUUUGUCCUCACCCAGGAAAAAAUAAGCUAUUAUGAUUUUGAUCAAGACAAAGGGAAGCGAAAAGGUUUGAGAGGAUCAGUCGACCUUGAGAAGAUUAAGUGUGUGGAGGCGGUCCAGCCAGAGUCCAAUUCACCGCUCGAGCGCAUGUACGCUUUCCAGAUUGUUUAUGAUGAAGGGCCGUUGUACAUUUUCGCAAAGACUGAAGAUAUUCGUGCUCAUUGGAUAACGAAGCUGAAAGAAAUGGUGCGCUUCAACAGGGAUCUGAUGCCUAAAUACCAUCCUUGUUUCUGGGUCGAUGGGGUGUGGCUGUGCUGCCAGCAGGAAGUUAAACAAGCUAUGGGUUGCAAGGUGCUGGAUAGUAAGAACGGCUUUACAUCUAAACCAUCUCGACGAAGGGGAUCAAGGAAACCACUUCCCCCGACCCCAACAGAGGAGAAGCCAGGUCGGCCUUUACCUCCACAGCCUCCUGGGCCGAAUUCCCCUUCUGCUGGCAUGACUGUCAUAGCGGAGUAUGACUACACACCCAUGACAGAACAAGACCUGGAGCUGAGGAAGGAUGAGGAGUACACUAUCCUCGAGAGGUCUGACACUAACUGGUGGAGAGCCAGAGACAAAUACGGCAAAGAAGGAUACAUACCUAGUAAUUAUGUUGUGGAAGCAGAAAGUGGGCUAGAAAGAUUUGACUGGUAUUGCAAGAAUAUGAACCGUAGCCAGGCAGAGAAGCUGUUAAAGUCUGAGAACAAAGAUGGAGGCUUCUUGGUACGGGACUCAAGCAAGGCCGGGAAAUACACUGUGUCUUUGUUCAGCAAGGGUGGCGGGGAAACGAGUGGAAGCUGCAGACAUUAUAAUAUCUGCACCGGCGCACAGGGCCAGUUUUAUCUGGCAGAGAAGCAUAAUUUCAACACCAUCCCAGAGCUCAUCAACUACCACCAACACAAUUCAGCAGGUAUGGUUAGCAGGCUGAAAUACAUGGUAUCUAACCGGGCACGGCCUCCAUCAACAGCAGGGCUUGGCUAUGGUGUGUGGGAGAUUGACCCCCGUCACCUCACUUUCAUCAAAGAGCUGGGCACUGGUCAGUUCGGAGUGGUGAAGUAUGGGAAGUGGCAGGGCCAGCAUGACGUGGCCAUUAAGAUGAUAAGAGAGGGCUCCAUGUCUGAAGAUGACUUCAUUGAGGAGGCCAAAAUCAUGAUGAAGCUUCGCCACGAGAACCUGGUCCAGCUGUACGGCGUCUGCACCAAACAAAGACCCAUUUACAUAGUAACCGAGUUCCUGUCAAACGGCUGCUUGCUGACUUACCUCAGGGAGAGCCUGAAGCAGCACCCAACAGCCGUCCAGCUCCUGGAGAUGUGCAAAGACAUCUCUGAGGGCAUGGCCUAUCUCGAGUCACAGCAGUACAUCCACAGAGACCUGGCUGCCAGGAAUUGUUUAGUAGAUGGCAAUGGUACUGUCAAAGUGACUGACUUUGGACUGUCAAGGUAUGUCUUAGACGACGAGUACACAAGCUCAGUAGGUUCCAAGUUCCCUGUCCGCUGGUCACCUCCUGAGGUCCUCCUCUACUGCAAAUUCAGCAGCAAGUCAGACAUCUGGGCAUAUGGGGUUCUCAUGUGGGAGGUGUACACUUUGGGGCGGCUUCCGUACGAGAGGCUAAACAACACAGAAAUAGUGGAUCAGGUGUCACGAGGUCUUCGCCUCUUCCGCCCCCAGCUGGCCAAUGAAAAGGUCUACAGCCUUAUGUUGAGCUGUUGGAUUGAUAAAGCAGAUGAGAGACCCACCUUUCAAGAGCUGGCCCUGUCCGUUCAGGAUUUGCUAUACGAGCUCCAGUAGAUCUCAGGAUAUAUCCUCGGACACAACCAGGCCACUUUCUGCACGUCCCUGGAAAGUGAAGACAAGUUAAAACAGCAGAGCCACUUUAGUCCUCUGUAAUGUGAAUAUUAUGAGUAAUGUGAAUGUCAUUAUAACUCACUUAUUAGAAUAGUUUUCCUGUCACAUAAGUAGAGUCCUGUAGAUCAGCAUUUACAAUGUGUAUAUUUUAUUGGAGUAAAAAUACUGUCCAUAUAAUCUGUCAUUAUAGUAUUCCCAUUGUGGAAUGUAGGCAACUUUGCAAGGUUUGUAAGAGCAGACGUACGACCCAAAUAAAAGCUAAGUAUACUCUG